CAUUUCAAAUGACACUCUAUAAUGAAGUAAGACAACGUCUACAAUUGAAGAAGAAUAGCUGCAAACAUGGCUUCGGUGCACACUGACCUUAUACGCCGCCAUCGAAGAAUAUUGCGCCAGAGAUUGAAAAAACUAAAUGAAAGAAACGGCACUAGGUACAGACUUGGCCAGAAAAACAUCGACUUGCUGUUCUAUCUCAACUACAUUCGUUUUGCAGAAGCACUUGCAACAAAAGCCAAGCAAAUGGCCGUUAUUGAAGGCUCAUCAGAGGUGAUGCACCAACAUUGGCAAGAAUCGGGAAAUGAGCUACUCGAGACGUUUGCCAAUGAAAACAGAUUAACGUAAAGAUUGCGUUUGAUUUAUACCAUAUACCAUAUUAGAUAGUACUUAUUCUAGUUCAGAUUUGUGUAACGCUUAGUACUUAAUACCCCAGUCAUAAAUUUAUUUACAUGCUGUAACU